UUGCGCCAGCGAUACCGGUGGCUCGAAGAGGCGAAUUCUGGUGAAGAAAUGACAAACCCAAACGAGAUAGAGGCGCAAAGAAAGGAGAUGCGUGGUGUUAUGAGGGUGGAGUGGAUGUCGAGGCUAGCUCAGCCGAAAGCAGGCAUCCGUACCGUUGAGGCGAUCCGUCCGAUUCUGCUUCAGUGGCUAAAUCGUGACCACAGGACACUUGCUUUCCAACUGACCCAGGCUGGGCGCUUUAUACCGAAGAGUUUCACAUAA